AUGAUGUUCGCCACUCCGCCUAAAAAAAACAAGAAGAGCCUCCCGCAAAUUUUGGUCGUUUCAGAUACCGAUGAUGACGAUGAUGACGAAGGAGGAGGUCAUCACAAAAAACCACAGGAGGAGAAUGAAAAAGUUUAUAAUUAUAAACCGUUGCACGACCCGUGCGCCCCGAACGCGUUAGUUUUGGUCACCGCUGAAGAGGCGAGAAAGAAAUUAGACGAUGAGAGUGGUUUUGGUGGGAGGGAGAAAAACAAAGUGCCUUGCGUGGCGGUCGUCAUGGACCCGAACAUUGCGAGAAAGUUACGAAAGCACCAAAAAGAAGGCGUUCGAUGGAUGUAUCGGAAGUUGUUCGGGUUUGAUGAUGAAAAUAAGAAGAACAACAACAACAGCGAGAUUAGCAGCAAUAGGAAUAGUAAUACCAAUAUUAUCGAGAACUCUGGAGUGUUACUCGCGGACGAUAUGGGAUUGGGCAAGACGUUGCAAGUGCUCGCGCUGGCGUGGACGGUGUUGAAACAGACGCCGUUUCCAACGUUGAAGAAACCGUUUAAACGAAUUUUAGUCACUUGUCCAGCGACGUUAGUUGGGAAUUGGGGGAAUGAGAGUAAGAAAUGGAUCGGUAACGUUCGAGCGCAGUGCGUGACUGCGGACGGCGGCGCCGAGAACGUCGAACGGGCGUUUCAGAAAUGGAUCGAGACGAACGAAAACGUGGAAGAGAAACCAAUGCAAUCAUCGUUUGAUAGGUUUCCGAUUUUGAUCGCUUCUUACGAAACUAUGAGGAAAAUGGCUCUCAGAAUACCGAAUCACGCCAGACCAGAUUUAUUGUAUUGCGACGAGGCGCACAGAUUGAAAUCCGAUUCGAAUCAAACCGUAGACGCGUUGAAAGCGGUAAACGCGAAACAUCGCGUGUUGAUGACGGGAACACCGAUUCAGAACAACUUGAUGGAAUUUGCGGCAAUUUUAGACGUCGUGCAACCGCGCGCGAAAGCAAUUUUUGGGUGGAACUCGUUGGAAGAGUUCAAGGAAAUGUACGAGAGACCAAUCAUGGAAGCGAGAGCGAGCGAGGCGAACGCGGAGCAAAAGAAGAGAGGGAAAGAGUUGGAGGCUCAGUUGAGGAAAGUGACGAAAAAAAGAAUCCUGAGGAGGAAAGCAGAGCUCGUAUUGAAAGAGUAUUUGGUGCCGAAAACGGAGUAUUUGAUGUUGUGCAACAUGUCCGGGAAGCAGAAAAGAUGUUACGAAGCUGGCUCAAACUAUUUCAAAAAGAAUACGAACAAGAACAACAACGCGUUGAGUGCGAUUGGCAUUUUGAGGCAGUGCGCGAAUUCUGCAAAACACUGUUUAGAUGCCAUCGGUCGAUCAACCGUGCUCGAUAAGACGUUUUCGAAUACCAUUCGCGAUGCAGCAGAGAAGAAAGAAGAAGAAGACGACGAAGGAGAAGAAGAAUGUAGCGGCAAAUUAAGCGCUCUUUGUUUGCUUUUGCAAUCUUUGAAAGGUAUAAACGAGAAAAAUAGAAGCGUAAACAAUGGCAAUUACCAGCGCGUAGUGAUUGUUUCUGGGUAUUCCGAUCAGUUAGACGACGCCGAUAAGCUGUGCAAGCGCGAAGGAUUAACGACGACUAGAUUGGACGGUUCCGUUGACAAGGACAAGCGUUCCGAGAUGGUUCGAAAUUUCAACACCGGCAACGUAGAUGUCAUGUUACUUUCCGUCCGCGCCGGCGGCGCUGGUUUGAACUUGAUUGGUGCAAAUUGUUUGAUAUUGAUGGAUGCGAGUUGGAACCCCGCAGACGAUAGACAAGCUAUGGCGAGAGUAUGGCGAGACGGACAACAGAAACCGGUGUUUGUGUAUCGAUUGGCGAGUUUAGGAACCGUGGAAGAACGCGUAUUGUUGAGACAACUUGGGAAGGAAUCACUGUUGAUGGAGGAAAAAAAAGAACGAGAAGAAAAAGAAGAAGAGGAAGAAGAAGAAGAAGAAGAGUUUAGUUUAGAAAAGGAGGAAGUUGGAAAACUCGUGGAGUUUAAAAGAAACGGCCACAACGAGGAGUGGAAAGAUGUGCGAUCGAGGAAACAAAAGCACGAAGCGUUGAUUACGAACUCUUUGGCGUUGAUGGAUUGCCAAAGUGAAGCGCGUCUCGUUCAGUGCGUCGUAAAAGCGAGUUGUACCGUACAUGAUGAUGAUGAUACUGAUGAUGAUGAUACUGAUGAUGGUGAACGCGAAGGAGAGAAUGUUGAAAAGAAGAAGAAGAAGAAGAAGAAGAAUAACUUUUACGUUCCACCGAAAAAAGAAACCACUGGGAACUCCGCGGCGACCAAACGCGUCGCGUUCGAAGACUUGAUGAGAGCGACAACGGCGACGGUAAAAAAGAAGAAGAAUAGUACUUGUAGAUGA